AACAGCAAAGAAUAAGAGAGAAAUCAAAACCCCAUCAAAUCAAAAUCCAAUCCUUUCUCUUUUUUCCUUCAUCAUGAAUCCAUCUCCUUCCAAGUCUAAGAAGAAGCAAGCCACCCAACCACAGGAACCGUCACAAGCUGCUGCUGCUGCUGCUGGCGGUGGUGGAAGGUUUCUGGGUGUUCGGAGACGGCCAUGGGGAAGAUAUGCAGCCGAGAUUAGAGACCCUUCUACUAAAGAACGCCAUUGGUUAGGUACUUUUGACACCGCCGAAGAAGCUGCGUUGGCCUAUGACAGAGCCGCUCGUUCCAUGCGUGGCUCUCGAGCUCGCACCAACUUUGUUUACUCUGAUAUGCCUGCUGGUUCUUCUGUCACUUCCAUUAUCUCCCCUGAUGAGCAGCAACAAAUGCAAGCUCUACAGCAGCAGAGUCAACAACAACAAGAAAAUAACUUCUCUUCAUCUUCAAUUUUUCUGCCUCCCUCUCAUCAGCCAGACCCACCCUCCAUUUUCAAUAACCAGCAGGAUUUCAGCUCGUCCCAAUGCUUCGGGUUUCCUUCAAUGGAUGGAGAAGAAAUGUGGGGUUGCUCCUCCACUACUACUACAUAUCAUCACGAACAACUCCCAGUUAUUACUAACGAUGAACUUCCGCCAUUGCCUUGUGACAUAUCGAGCAGCUUCUCGAGCUCGGUUGAUUCUUCAGGCAUUCACAAUUCGGGUUAUGAUAUGACUUCAUCAGGAUUAAUGGGUUUCGAAGAUCAAACCAUAAUGACAAACGGGUUCGAGUCAGGUGGACCAUAUUUCGGGUUUGAUGGUGGCGAGUAUGUUCAUAGCCCGCUUUUUAGCAGGAUGCCACCGGUUUCGGAGACGGUGCCAGAUGGUUUUGAUUUGGGUUCCUCGGCUUACUUCUUCUGAUGAUAAAGCUGUGUUUGGCUGAUGUGUCCUCAGUCUCAAAUGUUUUAAUUUUUUUUAAUUUUUUGGUUUUCCUAUUAUGGGCUGUGGUGGUGAGAGAGUGAGAACAGACCAAAUUAAUUAAUGGAGUUGUUUAUAUAAAUAUAUAUAAUUAAAUAUGUUAUCCAAGUGGAGUUUAUAUUAUAAAAUGACAUUGUUUCCA